AUGAAGAACUAUAAGCUUAAAUUAGGCAAACUUAAACGUCGCCAUGGAGGGGAGAGUGGCUUCCGUGAUGGGAAUAAUGACGAAAGGGCUGGACACCUGGCUUUUGGGCUUGUGGAACAGGUUGAUGGAUUGAAUUAA